UUCCCAGAAUUCCUCAGGGUAAACAGAAAGCGGAGGAACAACAGUUAAAGAGUAACAACAACAUCAGCUGUACGGAGGGAGAUAGAGAGAGAGACAGAUAAAUAGAAGGGAAUAUGGAAUAAUAACGAAUGGUACAUAUGAUACGAUGUGAUACAAGGAAUAUCGACAGACGUCGUCGGCAACAGCAAGAACAACAAAUGGUAAUAAGGGUAGACGAGAUUUUCCCCUAAAACUACAAUCACAACUAUAAUAACAUAGGAAAAGGAAAAUAUAUAUAACCACAGAAAUUUAUGUUGAUUCCCCAGAAGCGAUAAAUUACAGGAUUCAAUACAUGUAUAUUGCAAUUUUUUUAAUACAUUAUAACUGAAAAGCUCUUAUUUUCAAUACUCAGAGUUAAUCCUUCAACUGCUAACCCGACCCUACUUUUCUUUUGAAAUAUCUAUCUAUCUAUCUAUCUAUCUAUAUAUAUGUGUGUGUGUGUGUAUAUGAUGUGUGUGUGUAUGUAGUGAAAUCUGAACAUAAGAAUGAAAGUUUGAAGAAAAUGCAUAUCCUAAUGAUGUUCCUUUGUUGAUAUGUGUGUGUGUGUGUGUGUACAUAUCUGUCUGUCUUUCUUUCGUUAUGAUUAACAGGAAUAUCGUUAUAAACAACGGGUGCGAUAAUCUUAGCAAUAGUAGUUAGUUCAGAGUCACCGGAACUUACAUAAGCAAAUACCCCGAUCAUACAUAAUAGAUGUAAAUAAAAGGAAGAGGAAGAAGAAUAGAGAAGAGAAAGAAAGAGUCGGAGAGGGAAUAAUAAUAUCGUCAACAAUAAGACCAACAACAAAAGAAAUAAUUGUAUCUUUUAAGAAAGAAAAAAAAUAUUCCCCGAAAAACUGGUGGUUGUGGGAGUAGUUAACCGGAACCACACUACCAUCAUCAUCAUCAUCAUCAUCAUCAUCAACAAUAUAAUUGUUAUCAACAACCACCAUCGCUAUUACACCAAUAGUAACAAUAACAGAGUCUCUACUACAGCUUAGAAAGAGAGCAGUGGUGGAAUUUACUAGAACGAAAAAUACCAUUGCCAACACCGUGAACAACAUUACUAAGUAUCGACUAUUAUUAUAUCAUCAUCAUCAUCAUCAUCAUCACCAUUACAAACAACGGCCGAACUGACUACCUCUAAGUCUACAACAAUAUUGUUAUUAUUAAUGAUACUACCACUCGUUACGAACAACAACAACAGGUAAUAUUAACAACAAAGUACUACCAUCGUUUUAAACACCAACUUUAUUAAUAAUAUCAACAAUAUUUACUAUUCAGACCUAUUCAAGAUCUUUGCCUUUUUUUUUAUUAUUUCUCCCGAGAUCAUUUAUAAAAAACAGUUACAGUAGUACCAGGUAAAUACUAAGGGAGUGAUUUAAAUCUCCAUUUUACUAUUCCUAGAAGUGAAUGAAAUAAUAAUAUGAAUAAUUAUUAGAACAAAAGGCACCACCACCACCACCACUACUACUACUACUACUACUACUACAAGAAUCAUUCAAACGGCAACACAGUGCUACUAUCUUAAUUACUACAAGCAACAUUAAUAAUAACGUCUUCGAUUAUCAGCGCCACCUUCACCAUCAAAGAUUUCCCAGUAUCACCACUUCUCCAACGCCACCUCACAUUCUCAAUUAUCAACAUCACCACCACCUCCCCCAUUGCCGCUUCUGUCACUAUCCUAUGUGCUCAUCAACAACAAAAGGCCACAAGAAAAUCCACCAUAUAUCUCCGAAGAACUUGAAGACGAACUUUUAAGCCCAUGACGUAAUUAACCGUUUAAAUAGAUAGAUAGAUAGAUAGACAGACAGACAAAGGCUGUCUAGUAGACGGUACAAUGUCUUCUACUUCUUCUACAACUGCUACCGCUGCUACUACAUCUACAAGAGCUGCAACUGUAACGAGCACUUCGGGUAGCAGUAGUGCAUUGCACCCGACUAUGGCAGUGGACAGCAUCGCAGUUACCAGCAGUACCAGCACUGCCUCUACAACGGUCAUCAGCACUUCGACCACAACAUCUACCACCACCACUACCACCACUAGCAACACAGCUACCACCAGCCUGGAGAGUUCGUUUGAGCUGUCCGGGGGAGCGGUCCGCGUAGCUGUGGAAAGGUGUCCAGUUUGUACGACCACACGUCGACCUUUCUAUUGUGCCAGCUGUGUGAAUACGGGACAGUUCAAUUACUCAAACUAUGUACACCAACAUAAACAAUCUGAUCAGGAGAGAUACUGUGAUAAACUCGAGAGAUGGAAAGAGAGUAAGGCGAACCGGGAACGAUACCUGCAGAGUAUAAAACCUGGACUCGAUAACAAGUAUGCAGCAGAGAAAAAGAAAUGGGAGCUGGAAAACUUAAAGGAAAAAAUCCGGCUUUUGAAACUCAUUUUGGCAGCUGAGAAAGAAUCAUUGCAGAAAGAUGCGGAGAAGCUUGCCGAAGACAAACGACUGAAUCGGGUGCGCACAGAACGCGCCAAAGUGCACCGCGACAAGAAAUUGCGCAUCAUGAAGCUCUGUGAUAACAUUAAGAACAAAAUUAAAGAACAAAAUGUGAUAUUAAAGAAAGAUCUAGAAAAACUGGUGAAAGAGAGACGUUCACAAGCGAAUAUUUUAGUCCAAUACAUUUUCCCUAUUUCUGAAAUCAAACCAAACAGGAAGUUUGUAUCAGAGAACCAUGCAAUGGUCUCAAGUGGUUUGGUAUCAGAAGCUUGA